AUGACGCACGUGACGUCGUCUAACCUCCGCGACCUCCUCGCGGGGACGCACAUCUCGCCGCGCGCGCCCGCGCCGCCGCCGCCGCCGGCGUCGUCGCCGCCGCGGUACGGCGAGCGCGGCGGCGGCGUCGCGUGGCGACCGACGGAAUCUCGUCACUACCGCGACGGAGGCGCGUUUCCCGAGAUCGACGUCGUGCAGCUCCUGGAAGGCAUGGGAUGGGGCCGCGCGAUCGGCGACCCGAACGUCGCGGGGCGCGAGAAGGGCGCGUCGCGACUCGCGACGCCCGCGUCGUUGGACUGCAGCUUCGAAGAGCUCCAGACGCGGGCGUCGCGCGCGAUGCUGCGGCUGCCGGAUCCCCCGAUCGUCGCGGGGGGAGGCGAGGCGUCGCGCGCGUCGCGGCUCGCGACGCCGCCGCCGCCGAACCGGAAGACGUCCGAGUACGCGUCGUUCGUGCGAUUCGCAUCGCACGUCAAGCGCGACGCGGCGGCCGCGAACGGCGACGGGGAGAUCACCGCGGACGCGGUCGUCGCCGCGCUGCUGCGCGCGCAUCCGAACGCGCGCGAGGCGACGCGAGUCGCGAAUCUCAACCCGGCCGUCGUCUGCGAGAGAUACCUCGAGACCCCGGACGCGAGAACGGGCGCGAAAGUCGGCGAGCCCGUGGUCGUGACCGACGGCGGCAGGGACUGGACGAUCGGGAUGGAGUGGGGGUUCGACGGCCUCGCGAAGAGGUACGGCGCGCGUCACGUGGUGUGCAACGACCGCGCGCCCGCGAGACGCGCCGACUCGAGGGAAAAAAAAACCGCCGUCGAGCAAUCUGCGGCGGCGCGCGCGAACGGCGCCGUGCUCGGGUCCUGGGGCGGGCCGCAGCGCAGCUGCGCGCUGCCGCUCGAGGACUACUUGCAAUACGCGCGCGCGCGCCCGGGGUGCGACGACGUCGCCGCGCUCGCCGCCGCCGACGCGCCGUUCUACGCCAACGGCUGGCGCGCGUUUGAAAGGUCGACGCUCGCGAAGAAGACCGACGACGCCGCGAAGAUCGACGCGCUCUCCGACGACGCCGCGCUCGCGACCGCGUUCCCGCUCCCGUACUUCACGUCCGAGAUCGACCACACGCGGCUGAUCACGCUCGAGACGUACAAGAAGCUGCUGCCGAGCGCGAGCGACGACGCCGCGUCCGCGGUCGUGGACUCUUUGGACGCGUCGCUGACGAAGUUAUUCGUGGGUCCGUGCGCGACCAUCACGCGGCUGCAUCAGGACGCCGGGGACGCGCACGCGUGGCUCGGUCAGGCUGUCGGUCGCAAGCUGUUCGUGUGUUUCCCGCCCGACGACGCGGCGGCGUUGUUUCCGAUCGACGGCGAGGUGGAGACCGUGCAGUCCGCGAUCGAUCCGCUGGCGCCGCCGGAGGCGUUGCGGAAGCAGCGGCGGGCGUAUUUCGAGGACGCGCGACCGGUCGUGUUCGUGGUGCACCCGGGGGAGGUCGUCUUGUGUCCAAGAGGGUGGUGGCACUACGCCGUCGCGCUCGAUCACAGCGUGACCGUGAUGCGGAACUUUUACAACGCCAACACGAACGUGAACGCGCUCGUGGGGACGAUCAUCGCCAAGGCGCGGAAGACCGCCGUCGUGUGCGGGUGA